AACACAACACACUUGCUAUCAGCAAAAACAAACUCAAAUGGCCACCUCUUCCUAUUUCCUUCUCUUCACCCUUCUUGCAUUGGCCUCAUGGCAGACAAUAGCUUCUGAUCCGAGCCCCCUGCAAGACUUUUGUGUCGCAGACAAUAGCUCCCAUGUUCUAGUUAAUGGAUUUGUCUGCAAAGAUCCAAAGGAUGUCAAGGCCGAAGACUUUUUCUUGGCUGCCAAACUCGACAUGCCGAGAGACACCAGGUCGAACAAAGUUGGGUCCAAUGUCACUUUGAUCAAUGCAAUGCGGAUCCCUGGCCUAAACACAUUGGGCAUCUCCCUGGCGCGCAUCGACUAUGCACCUUUAGGCGAGAACCCACCACACACUCACCCGCGUGCCACGGAGAUCCUCACCGUGCUUGAAGGGACCCUUUAUGUCGGCUUCGUCACAUCCAACCCGGACAACAAGUUCUUGUCGAAGGUGCUUAACAAGGGUGAUGUGUUUGUAUUCCCAGAAGGUCUCAUCCACUUCCAGUUCAACCCCAACCCCUACAAACCGGCAGUGGCAAUUGCUGCACUUAGCAGCCAGAACCCUGGGGCUAUCACCAUUGCUAACGCUGUGUUCGGGUCUAAACCGGCAAUCUCGGAUGAUGUUCUCGCCAAGGCCUUCCAGGUGGACAAGAAGACUGUGGACUGGCUUCAAGCUCAGUUCUGGGCAGACAACCAGAACUAAUGAAGUAGUGCAUGGACAAACAUUGCAAAUGGCAUCGUCUUGGCUCAUAUACAAUGUACUCCAUCCAUCUCAA